AUGGCGACACCAUCUCCCCUUCCUCCUCCUCCAACGGUGAAUCUCUGGGUGAUCUUAUCAGAAUCAAAACGGAUAAUCAACGCCCAUUCACGUCACUUCCUAGCUCUCUCCCUCCUCUUCCUCCUCCCCAUCUCCUUCUCCAUCACCGUCUACCCAUCCAUCUCCCGCCUCAUCAUCAACCAAUACUCCCCUUCUCACACCACCAUCUCUCUCCUCCGCACCUUAUCCCCCAAAGAUCAACCACCAAACUCCGACGAUAUCGAUCCCACGACCAUCCUCCUCCUUCUGAUCGCUUACAUAGUCUUCGUCACCGUCUUCAACCUCUUAUCCAUCGGAUCAAUCACGUACAGUAUCUUCCAAGGCUUCUACGGAAGGCCCGUGAAACUCAUCUCCGCUGUCAAAUCAAGCUUCACCUCUCUCUUCCCUCUUAUCGCUACUCUCACCUCCGCAAACUCCAUCGUAUUCGCGAUCUUACUCAUUCUAGGGCUCGUAGCCUUCUUGUUGACUCGCGUUAUCGUGCUCAUCGUUCCAGAUCUCGAAGUUGAUUACGCUUCAACUUACUUUCAAGCACUCUCCGCCGUUGUAACACUCAUCUUCAUCGCGAUCGUUAUAAAGCUUUAUGUGAACUGGAUCCUUGCGUGGGUCAUCGUUGUCGUUGAAUCGUCUUACGGGUUCACGCCGUUGAAGAGAAGCAAAAGCUUGGUCAACGGCAUGGAGAGUGUUUCUCUCUCUAUGAUCGUUGUCUUCAGUAUAGCUCAAUCGUGUCUUGUCUUGAUCAGCAAUAUAACCGCUUACGACAUCGAAGAUGGCGGGAAAAUAUGGACAAAUGCUGUCUUCGUGUUUCAGAUCGUGGUGACCUCUGCGUUGCUAACGGGUUUGAUGUUGUAUAAUUUGGCGGGGACCACUGUGAUGUAUAUGUACUGUAAAGCUUUUCAGGGUGAGCUUGCUUGGGAGAUUGCUGAGGAGUUUGCGAGAGAGUAUGUGAGUUUGCCUUUUGAUUAUGAUGGUAAAGGUCCUCACGUGGUAUCUGUAGCUUACAACGGGUGAUGGAGAAUUAAAAGUCAGUGUUUUGAAAAGCAAGUGUUUGUCUGAAUCGGACAGUGACUUCAUGUUUGGUUUUGACAUGUCUAAAAGCUUUUGUAAUAAUGUGUGAGAAUGAUCUAAACGUGUGGUUAUUGAAACUUUUUUGUAAAUGGUUAAAAUGUUCCAUUUUCUUACAAACAUAGGUUAUAGAAGAAGAAAAUUACUAAAAUGUAACCUGCAAUGAAAGUUUCUAUUUGUAGAAACAUGUGGUGAUGUAGUAAUUAUGAAAC